GGCAAUUCAAAAUAAGUGGCGAUAAUUAUCUGCAUGUAAAUAUUAAUAAAUUAUAAGAAAAUACCUAGUUACCGACGUGAAAAUGGAUGCUUUGUCGUUUAUGGAUCUACUCGAUUUGGACGAAGAAGUAAUUAAUAAUCGACUUAAAUCUAUAAUGGUUAGAGAAAGUUAUACUAAUAAACACCUAGCAAACGCUUUAGAGCUGUUACGAUAUAAAUAUUUAAUUAAUACACAAGAAAACAGUGAGUGUGAGAACAAUGAAGAGUACACAUUCGCCGUGAAACUUAUUAACCAAAUGAAUAGCGAUAAUUUUGAUGGUAUAUGUAAAAUAGUAAGUGUUACGCUAAGUUUAAGCAAUUGUACUUUAGCCAACAAAUCUGAGCACUUAUUGCAACAAAUAAUUUCAUCGAUAGAUUUCUCUCCAGAGAAAUUAAAUGAGGAUAAUUCAACCAGUAACAUUCUGUUGAAUUUCCAACUAUGCGACAGUAUUCUUGAUACAGUUAUAAGUAACGAUGCAAAACUGUAUUUACCUUGUUUAGAAUUACCCAUAAACAAUAUAUUAUUUUGUCAUAAUGAAAAAUUGAAAGUAAGUUUUUUAAUCAACACUGUGCCCAGGUUGUUCCAAGGAGUUUCGACUUUUAGAGUGCUAGACAUCAUCUGGUUUUAUUUAAAAGACUGCAAGGGUGAUCAAAUAGAGAUGGCACUGAAAGUAUUGAGUUGUUUAUCAGAAUAUUACUUGCCAGUACUCAAUGAUAAGGGCGAGCUAGCGUUUGAAUCUGAACUUGUGACUCAAGUUGAGUUUUGGAACAUUGUUAUAUCUGGAUUGAUGUCAUUAGAUGCUACAGUAAGAAAGAUAUCAAUUUAUCUCUGUAAAAGGGCUGUGGAUUGCUUAACUGCUCUGAAUAAAAAUGUUGUUAUUAUGACUGGAAUUAAUACCAUUUUACAAUGGUAUCGUAAAAAUGAAAUCGACAUGAGAAACAUGUGGGAAAAUUACUUUACACUCAUUGAUAGUUUAGAAGAAAAACAAAGUAAUAUAGUGUUACCAUCAUUAACAUUAUUCCAUACUUUAAGUAAAAUGGGACAUGUUUGGUUGAACUGCGCUUUUAAUAUUGGCCUGAGACAUGACAACUUGGAAGUUAGAGUUAAAUGUAUUCAUUAUAGGCUAGAAACAGUGAUCUACAAACAGCCCGAAGUAAUAGUUCUUCUAGAAGCUUUAAAUGAUAUCAACAUAUAUGAGAAUCCAGCAGAAUAUCAGAUAAUUAUGAAGAAACUGACAACCUUAUGUCAUGAUAUAAAAUUUUUUCUCUUCAUAUAUAAAAGUCUACCAUUAGUGAAUUGGUCACCGGUACCUUUGUUUCAUGUAAGCAGUAUUGUCACUGAAAUAUGGCCAACAGAAAUAUUGAAAUUAUCUGAAAAACUCCACUUAGAGAUGAGAAAAGAUGAGGUGGCACAAUUGCUAAAAAAUUUACUGAAAAUACCAUGCAAUAUAGUGGCUCUAAGGAAAGCAAUACAUAUAAAUAUUGCAAAUCUUUUUAAGCUUUGCUGUCUUUAUUUACACUCCAAAGAUUUCUUAAGUAUAUUAUCAUCACUUGAAAUAAAUGUCUAUGAAAACAGUUUUCUUGUUGACAUUAUGCAAUAUGUAAUCUCGAGAGCUGAUGAAAAAGAUUUAUUCUUGGAGUCUAUUAUGGAAACCCUUAAUAUAGACUUCAUCUUAUUCUACUUAGAAUGUGAGGGUGAUGAGUUAUUUAUAUUUGAUGAUUUAUUACAAUUGAAGAUUAGAAGAGUACAGGAGGUAGUAAAUAGACAAUAUUGUAAUAAAAAAGAAUGUCUGGUUGAUGUUGUUUUUAUCACACAACUGUACAGUAAAACUGUUAAUAAUAAAUUAAUGCAAACAAGAAUUGAAAGGGAUUUUAAAUUUAUUGUAUACUACAUUAAUUCAAUAUUAUCAUCAAGUGACAUUACAUUGACAAUUGAUGAAAUGACUCCACUAUUUAAUGAUUCUCUAAGCAUUAUUAAAAGCAGCGCUGACAUAAAAGAAACAUUACUACAGUUGUAUUCAACUUCUAAUGUACUUAUAAAUGAUAAGGAGACUGUUCUAGACAAGGCUGUACUUAGUAUGUAUGUUAUAAAUAGUUUACAUAAAAAUUCUACAUUUAUAUGUGAAUAUAAGCAUGAGAUGCUGGAUUUGGACAGAGUACUGAAACUGGUGAUGAAUUUUGAUAACAAGCAGAGUGUUGGGAGACUAACAAAUGCUCUAUAUGAGUAUUCAUGUGAACUAGUACAUUCUAUCAUUAAAAAUGACAUUGAUACAGUAGAUGAACACAUGAAUAAUAUUAUUGCUUAUGUAGAAAAUGUAAUAGAAUGUGGUGGAUAUGGGUGUCUUAUAUGGAUAUUACGAAUCAUGAAUCUGAUUUUGCCUACAAUAUUAAAUAAAGCAGAAACGUUUGAUCUAACACUAUUUAUGAGUAGAAUGUGGAAAGAAAUAGAAGAAUUAAAAUCGAACAAUCAAUAUUCACCAUGCAUUGAAGAGUUUAUUAAUUUGAUUAUGCAAGAUACUAUAUUACAAACACCAUUGUAUAAUAAUACAGUAAUAUUAUAUUGUAAUAAAAUAAUAGAGUUUGGACCUACAAAGAAUAUUCCUUUGUCUUUUCUUAUUACGAAAUUAAACACUAUAGAGAUUACAAGUAACUAUGGACAGCUAGUGUACAUUUUAACUGAAAUAUUGUUAUAUACACCUGUGCCAAGAAAAGACCAGAGGAUUUUGGAGAAUUUGCUGAUAGAAUUAUUAGAAGAUUCAAAAUAUGAAUGUUGUCAAUUAGAUGAUACUACUUCCAAUUUGCAAAUACAAUAUUUGGCUGUUCUAGCCUUAAGCAAAAUAAUACAACCAGACAUCCUUUCGAGCAUAAUAUCAUUAAUUACAAAGAAAAUAGAUGAUGUAUUUAAAAACAAACAGAGGUAUCAUGCAGGAUCACAGUCACAUAGGACUGUAUUGAUAGCUCUGCAACAUUUAUUAUGUUUGCUGUUGAAAUCGGAAGUACUAGGUACUGAAUCUCUCAGGAAUUGGUGUGCAGAGUUCUUGGGAAAGCUGCCACACCAAAUGAAUGUUAGACUGUGUUUGGAGUGGAUUAUAGCAUUAUGUUGUUACAUUCAGGAAACAAAACUGAAUAAGGAGCUACUACAGGAACUUUCAUCAAAAAAAGUUCCUAUAACAUCCCAGCUAGUCAUACUUUUUUGGGUGUUGAAAAGAAAACUGACAAAAGAAACAUGUAAGAAUGAUGAAUACAAUUUUGUAAUAGAAACGUUAUUGUCUCAUACAAUGGGCCAAAUGUUUAACGUACGACUCCACGCACAGUAUAUGGCAACAGAACUUCACAAAUUAAAUGAGUGCAACUCAGAAAAAUACGCGUACACAAUAGAAAUCAUAGACAAAACAUUCAAAGACAACAAUAAUGAUAAAAACUUUGUUAAAAUGAAACAUGAUUAUUUAUUCAAUACAUUUGAUAUCGUGGCCGAUCUAACGCCUGCGUUUAUAUAUUAUUUCUUGACGAAAUACGCUGAAACUGCGCAUGUGAAAGUCGAUAUAGACUUCGUUGGAAGUGUUCUAGGAAUUAUAAAUGAAAAUUUUGACAAGACAUGUAGUAAUUUUCAAACUGAGUGGAAAGCAUGUCGUAAACCGGAUGAAGAAGUUUUCAGAUAUAAAUUUGGAUAUACUUCUGCAAGUAAAUUUGAGGAUACAGAAGUCGCAGGAACAAUCCAAAAGAAAUAUAUCCCGUGGAAGAACAUGGGUGAUGUUAGUACAAAUGCAGUGAACAAGAAGAGAGAGAGCCCUAGUGAUAUGAUUGUGGUUGCUACACUCAUAGACAAGUUACCAAACCUGGGCGGGAUGGCGCGGACAAGCGAAGUGUUUGGAGUGAAGACGUAUGUCGUAGACAGUUUACGACACUUGCAUGACAAACAGUUUCAAAGUUUAAGUGUGUCUGCCGAAAGAUGGAUCGAUGUGGAAGAAGUGAGACCUGGUCUUGCUCUCAAGCAGUACCUGAUGAAGAAGAAAGGUGAAGGGUAUGCCGUGAUAGCGGCCGAGCAGACAUCCAACAGUCGCCGACUGGACACCUUCAAAUUUCCUCAGAAGACACUGUUAUUACUAGGACACGAAAAGGAGGGAGUGCCCUGCGAUCUUCUCCCUCUGAUGGACUACUGCGUAGAAAUACCCCAACAAGGCAUGAUUAGAUCAUUAAACGUUCAUGUUACGGCCGCCAUCUUCGUUUGGGAGUACGCCAGGCAGAAUAUAUUGUAACUUACUUUAUGGUGUUAAAAUUAUAUAAACCAAAUUCAAUUCAUUAGUAUAAACAGUACCAGAAUAGAAUAGAAUAGAAACUCAUUUAUUCAAAUAAACUUACCAAUGUAUGUAAUCGCUUAAUCUCUUUUAAUCUACCGCUCAUUCGGAAAGCUUUUCACAAGACACGUUCUUCUUUUGAAAAGCUUUCCGAAUGAGCGGUAGAUUAAGAACGUGAAAGAAACUUGGGUGUUGCAAUUUUAAUUAAUUUUAUUGUAGCUUUACAUUAUAAACAUUGUAACUUUAUAAACAAUAUCUAAUAAUCAUAGUUUGAGUUCUUUUAAAUGUAUAAUAGUAGACCAGAUGACGGAAGAAAGGGCGGAGGUAGGGCACCUGCAUCAUGGACUGAUUACAUUCGAGAGGCUGCAAGCGAUAUAUGUAGUCGGGCGAUCCACUUGGCACAGAUACAAUCACACAUGCACAGUAUCCCUGGAGAGCAUUGGUUGGACGAAACAUUCCUAGUGGUCAUGACCCUCAGCCUUGAGGAAUCGACAAAGUUAGAACGUAUAUAUAUAUUCCAAUAAUCAAUGUUAGUACAUGUAAUAUGAGAAAACUGUUAGUCCCAGUAACAUAAAACUUUAUCAACUUCUCUAUCAAUUUAUAAAUGUUUCAUGUUCAACAUAAAUAUAAUAAAGAAUCUGUGUUGUAAUGUGCGUUGUUAUUGUAAGACCUUAAUUAACAGAUGUACAAUAUAAUUA